AUGGUAAUCCCCUCUGCCUAUCCAACUAUAUAUAAACCCCGUAGCCACCCUCCCAACUCACACCACUUCAUCAGUCUCAAAUCUCUCGAACCCUCCAUUUCAGGCCCAAUAGUAUUCCAACCCAAACCCAACCCAGUUCAAUCAACCUCACCGAGCACAUCUCGCGCAAGGGACAACCCAAUUCAACUCAAAAUGUCCCCCAUCGCCCUAAUCACCGGCUCAAACCAAGGCAUCGGCCGCGCAACCGCCGAAGCCCUCGCCAUAAACCACGGCUUCCACGUCCUCAUCACCUCGCGCAACCUCGCCGCCGGCGAAGCCGUCGCAUCCUCUCUCCGCGCCAAGGGCCACAAAGCCACAGCCAUCCAACUAGACCUGACCUCUGAAUCGAGCAUCAAAGCCGCGGUGGCAUUCGUCGAGCAGGAAUUCGGGGCCCUCGAUGUCCUCAUAAACAACGCGGGCAUCCUCAUCGACGUGCAAAAGGAUCUUAGUCCCUGGGAACUGUACACCCGGACAUUCACGACGAACGUCGUCGGGCCCGGCGUCCUCACUGAGCUUCUGGUCCCCUUGCUCCGCAAAGCGCCCUCGGGCCUCCCGCGGAUAAUCUUCGUGACUUCCGCCAUGGGUUCGCUGCACUACGCAACCGAUAAAUCCCUCCCCUGGUACGGCAUCGACUACAAGGUCUACGACGCGAGCAAAGCGGCGGUGAAUAUGCUCAUGCUGAAUUUCGCGCGGGUGCUCGAGGAAGGUAAUGGGAAGGGGAAGGUGAAUGCGGUUUGUCCCGGGUAUGUGAAUACGAACCUGACGAGGUUUGAUGAGAAUGGGGUUAGUGUUGAGAUGGGGGCUAGACGUGUUGUCGAAGUUGCGGUUGCCGGGGAGGAGGGGCCGAAUAGGACGUUUUCGAAUGCGAGUGGGGAGUUGCCUUGGUGA